AUGUUUGGGAAGAUGGUCGUGAUCUUUGGAGUUACAAAUAUACUUUGGAUGGUGUUUGCAGCUUCUCAAGCUUUUAAGAUCAAGAUCUCUCCUGAAGACAGAAUUUUUGCUCAAAUUGGUGACUCAAUCUCACUGACUUGUAGCACGGAGGGCUGUGACUCCCCAGCUUUCUCUUGGAGAACCCAGAUAGACAGUCCGCUGAGUGGGAAGGUGAGGAAUGAGGGAACCAAGUCCACCCUGACCAUGGAUCCGGUUAGUUUUGAAAACGAGCAUUCUUACUUGUGCACAGCUACCUGUGGAUCUGGGAAAAAGGAAAAAGGAAUUAAGGUGGAAAUCUACUCUUUCCCUAAUGAUCCAGAGAUCCAUUUGAGUGGCCCACUGGAGGUGGGAAAGCCAGUCAGAGUUACAUGCUCUGUCCCUGAUGUUUACCCAUAUGAUAGGCUGGAGAUGACUUUAAUGAAGGACAACCAUCUCCUGAAGAAUCAGGAGUUUCUGGAGGACCUAGAUAAGAAGUCCCUGGAAACGAAGAGUUUAGAAGUGACCUUUACUCCUGUCAUUGAGGAUACUGGAAAAGCCCUUGUUUGUCAAGCUGAAUUACACAUUGAUGAAACUGUUUCUGUGCUCACAGAAAGAAAGACCACAAAAGAACUGCAAGUCUACAUCUCACCCAAGAAUACAGCUAUCUCUGUGAGCCCCUCCACAAGUCUGCAAGAAGGUGACUCUGUGACCAUGAUGUGUUCCAGUGAUGGCCUGCCAGUUCCAGAGAUUUUCUGGAGCAAGGAGUUAGAUAAUGGGGAUCUACAACGCCUUUCUGGAAAUGCAACUCUCACUUUAAUUGCCAUGAGGAUGGAAGAUUCUGGAAUUUAUGUGUGUGAAGGAGUUAAUCCAAUUGGGAAUAGUAGAAAAGAAGUGGAAUUAAUUGUUCAAGAGAAACUGUUUACAGUAGAUAUCUCCCCUGGGUCCCGGAUUGCUGCUCAGAUUGGGGACACGGUCAUGUUGACAUGUAGUGUCACAGGAUGUGACUCCCCGUCUUUCUCUUGGAGAACCCAGACUGACAGCCCACUCAGUGGGAAGGUGAGAAAUGAGGCGACUGAGUCCACGCUGACCCUGAGUCCUGUUAGCUUUGAGAAUGAGCACUCUUACCUGUGUACAGUGACCUGUGGACGUAAGAAACUGGAGAAAGAAAUCCAGGUGGAGCUUUACUCAUUCCCUAAAGACCCAGAAAUUGAGCUGAGUAGUCCUUUAGUGCAUGGAAACCCUGUCACUGUCAGCUGCAAGGUUCCUGAUGUGUACCCUUUUGACCGGCUGGAGAUUGAAUUCCUUAAAGGGGAGACCAUUAUGAAGAAUGAAGGCUUUUGGGGGGACAUGGAUAGACAAUCCCUAGGGACCAAGAGUUUGAAAAUGACCUUCAUCCCUACCACCAAAGACACUGGAAAAGUUCUUGUUUGUCAGGCUAAGUUAAAUAUUAGUGAACUGGAAUUUGAGCCCAAACAAAGACAGAGUAUACAGACGCUUUAUGUUAAUGUUGCCCCAAGAGAUACAACCAUCCUGGCUAGCCCUUCCUCCACCCUGGAGGAAGGUAGUUUUGUGAAUUUGACGUGCUUUAGUGAUGGCCUUCCAGCUCCGAAGAUCCGGUGGAGCAGGCAGCUAAAUAAUGGGGAUCUACAGCCUCUUUCUGAAAGUGCCACUUUCACCAUAAUGUCUACAAAGGUAGAAGAUUCUGGAAUUUAUGUGUGUGAAGGUACUAACCUGGCUGGAAUAAGCAGAAAAGAAAUCAAAUUAAUUAUUCAGGCUGCACCAAAAGACAUACAACUUACAGUUUUUCCUUCUGAAAGUGUCAAGGAAGGAGACACAGUCACUAUUUCCUGUACAUGUGGAAAUGUUACAGAAACGUGGAUAAUCCUGAAGAAGAAAGCAGAGACAGGAGACAAGACACUGAAAUCUAUAGAUGGCACAUACAUCAUACGUGGAGCUCAGUUAGAGGAUGCGGGGGUGUAUGAAUGUGAAUCUAAAAAUGAGGUUGGCUCUCAAUUAAGAAGCUUAACACUUGAUGUUAAAGGAAGAGAAAAUAAUGACUAUUUUUCUCCUGAACUUCUUGUGCUCUAUUGUGCAUCCUCCUUAAUUGUACCAGCCAUUGGAAUGAUCAUUUACUUUGCAAGAAAAGCCAAUAUGAAAGGGUCCUACAGUCUGGUAGAAGCACAGAAAUCAAAAGUGUAG